UGAAUAAUGUCAGUUAUUGUGUUAGCCAAAAAGACGACAUUGUUCCUUGUUGCAGCAGUUGUUUUCUACAUACUACUAUUUGUAACAAAUACAAGAAAUCAGUUCCGAGAUAUCAAAGAAAACUCAUGGACGCAUAAUGCUAAUCAGAUUGCUUACAACAAGUUUAGACAGGUGGUUCCUACAAAUUCUCACCUUUAUGUUGAAAAAUUAGAAAAAUUGCGCGGCGGAGUACUGACAAAAUGUAGGGAUGUGCAUUCUCCAACCGUCAAGCAUUUAAACACUCCGUCCAUUCGCCCUCCGCUAGCAUGGAUCAAUAUAGGGAUGGUUUUAGUCAACCUUAACCCUCAACCAUCAACUUUACUUCAAGAUCUACGGUCUAAGUUUAGUUUGCAGACUAGAAACUUGAAUAUAAUGCUGGAUUAUAUUUUCUAGGUCUAAGUUUAGUUUGCAGAUGACCAGAAACCUGAAUAUAAUGCUGGAAUAUAUUUUCUAGGUCUAAGUUUAGUUUGUAGACUACUAGAAACCUGAAUAUAAUGCUGGAAUAUAUUUUCUAGGUCUAAGUUUAGUUUGUAGACUACUAGAAACCUGAAUAUAAUGCUGGAAUAUAUUUUCUAGGUCUAAGUUUAGUUUGUAGACUACUAGAAACCUGAAUAUAAUGCUGGAAUAUAUUUUCUAGGUCUAAGUUUAGUUUGUAGACUACUAGAAACCUGAAUAUAAUGCUGGAAUAUAUUUUCUAGGUCUAAGUUUAGUUUGUAGACUACUAGAAACCUGAAUAUAAUGCUGGAAUAUAUUUUCUAGGUCUAAGUUUAGUUUGUAGACUACUAGAAACCUGAAUAUAAUGCUGGAAUAUAUUUUCUAGGUCUAAGUUUAGUUUGUAGACUACUAGAAACCUGAAUAUAAUGCUGGAAUAUAUUUUCUAGGUCUAAGUUUAGUUUGUAGACUACUAGAAACCUGAAUAUAAUGCUGGAAUAUAUUUUCUAGGUCUAAGUUUAGUUUGUAGACUACUAGAAACCUGAAUAUAAUGCUGGAAUAUAUUUUCUAGGUCUAAGUUUAGUUUGUAGACUACUAGAAACCUGAAUAUAAUGCUGGAAUAUAUUUUCUAGGUCUAAGUUUAGUUUGUAGACUACUAGAAACCUGAAUAUAAUGCUGGAAUAUAUUUUCUAGGUCUAAGUUUAGUUUGUAGACUACUAGAAACCUGAAUAUAAUGCUGGAAUAUAUUUUCUAGGUCUAAGUUUAGUUUGUAGACUACUAGAAACCUGAAUAUAAUGCUGGAA